CCCCCCUUGCAAGCGAGCAUUGGUGAAAAUGGGGGAUACAAGAGACAUCUGUCCUCACCUGGAUUCCAUAGGAGAGGUGACCAGGGAUGAUCUGUUGCUCAAAUCCAAGGGAACUUGCCAGUCUUGUGGAGCCGUGGGACCAAAUCUCUGGGCUUGUCUUCAGAUCGGUUGUCCUUACGUUGGCUGUGGGGAAUCCUUUGCUGAUCACAGCACACUUCAUGCACAGGCCAAAAAGCACAACCUGACGGUGAAUCUGACCACGUUCCGUGUCUGGUGUUAUGCUUGUGAGAAGGAGGUGUUCCUGGACCAGCGGCUCGCAACGCACACGCAGUCACCACCAGUAAAGUUCACUGACCCGGAAUCACCAUUGUCUGCUCAUCCUCUGAAAGCUGUUCCAAUUGCAGUGGCUGAUGAAGGUGAAUCUGAAUCGGAGGAUGAUGAUUUGAAACCAAGAGGCCUUACUGGAAUGAAAAAUCUUGGGAACUCCUGCUACAUGAAUGCAGCACUUCAGGCUCUCUCUAACUGCCCACCUCUCACACAGUUCUUUCUGGAAUGUGGUGGACUGGUCCGCACGGAUAAGAAACCAGCACUGUGCAAAAGUUACCAAAAGCUGGUGUCUGAGGUCUGGCAUAAGAAACGUCCAAGUUAUGUUGUUCCAAGCAGUCUAUCCCAUGGAAUUAAACUUGUCAAUCCCAUGUUCCGAGGCUAUGCACAGCAGGACACUCAGGAGUUCCUGCGGUGCCUGAUGGAUCAGCUUCAUGAAGAGCUGAAGGAGCCAAUUGUUGCAGAGGCGAGGGAUUUGGAUACCAGUGACCAAGACGACAAGCGAGAGGGUGACCGAAGUCCUUCGGAGGAUGAGUUCCUCUCUUGUGACUCAAGCAGUGACAGAGGUGAAGGAGAUGGUCAGAGUCGGACCACAGGGAGCAUGGGCAGCAGCUCCCUGGCAGAGACAGAGUUGUUGAUCCAGGAUGAAGCAGGCAGAGGGAUCUCAGAGAAAGAGAGGAUGAAAGACAGAAAGUUCUCCUGUGGCCAUCGGCGCAGCAACUCAGAGCAGGUGGAUGAGGAUGCAGAUGUUGAUACUACUAUGAUGCCAGUUGAUGGCAGAGCCUCUCCUGAGAUGCUGCCAGCUCCCCGUCCUGCCAGCCCAUGUAGGACACCAGAACCUGACAACGAUGCCUACGUGCGCUGCUCCUCACGUCCCUGCAGUCCAGUCCAUCAUGAAAUGCACUCCAAGCUCUCUAGCAGUCCUCCUCGCUCCAGUCCUGCCAGGCUUGGACCUUCCUACAUCCUCAAGAAAGCUCAGAUGCAGGCUUCUGGGAAAAAGAAGAAAGAACUUCGCUACCGCAGCGUGAUUUCAGACAUCUUUGAUGGCUCCAUUCUCAGCCUGGUGCAGUGCCUCACCUGCGACAGAGUUUCUACGACAGUGGAGACAUUCCAGGACCUGUCACUCCCAAUCCCAGGGAAGGAGGACUUGGCCAAGUUGCACUCUGCUAUCUACCAAAAUGUGCCAGCUAAAACAGGGACAUGUGGGGACAACUAUGCCUCCCAAGGCUGGAUUGCCUUCAUCAUGGAGUAUAUCCGGAGGUUUGUGGUGUCCUGUAUCCCUAGCUGGUUCUGGGGUCCCGUUGUGACGCUGGAGGAUUGCCUUGCUGCCUUUUUCGCAGCAGAUGAGUUGAAAGGGGACAACAUGUACAGUUGUGAACGGUGUAAAAAGCUGCGGAAUGGAGUAAAGUACUGCAAAGUCCUCAGGCUACCAGAGAUUCUUUGCAUCCACUUGAAGCGGUUCCGGCACGAGGUGAUGUAUUCCUUCAAGAUCAACAGCCAUGUCUCCUUCCCCUUGGAAGGGCUGGAUCUGCGACCCUUCCUAGCCAAGGAGUGUGUUUCCCAGAUCACCACCUACGAUCUCCUGUCAGUCAUCUGUCACCAUGGCACGGCAGGCAGUGGGCAUUACAUAGCUUACUGCCAGAAUGUGAUCAACGGCCAGUGGUACGAGUUUGAUGACCAGUAUGUCACUGAAGUCCAUGAGACCGUGGUACAGAAUGCAGAAGCCUACGUCUUGUUCUACAGGAAGAGCAGUGAAGAGGCUGUGCGGGAGCGUCAGAAAGUCGUGUCCCUUGCCAGCAUGAAGGAGCACAGCUUACUCCAGUUCUACAUCUCCCGAGAGUGGCUCAAUAAAUUCAACACCUUCGCUGAGCCUGGUCCCAUCACCAACCACACCUUCUUGUGCUCUCAUGGAGGGAUUCCUCCCAAUAAAUACCAUUACAUCGAUGACCUGGUUGUGAUCCUACCCCAAAACGUGUGGGAAUAUCUCUACAACAGGUUUGGGGGUGGCCCUGCUGUGAACCAUCUGUACGUGUGCUCCAUUUGCCAAGUGGAGAUUGAAGCACUUGCCAAACGCAGGAGAAUUGAAAUCGACACCUUCAUCAAGCUGAACAAGGCUUUCCAGGCAGAGGAGUCCCCAAGUGUCAUCUACUGUAUCAGCAUGCAGUGGUUCCGUGAGUGGGAAGCCUUUGUCAAGGGGAAGGAUAAUGAGCCUCCCGGACCCAUUGACAACAGCAAGAUUGCACUCACGAAAGCGGGUGGCCACGUGCAAGUUAAGCAGGGUGCUGACUAUGGGCAGAUCUCUGAGGAGACAUGGAUUUAUUUAAGCACGCUGUACGGAGGGGGCCCAGAGAUUGCCAUCAGACAGAACGUGGCCCAGGUCCAGGAACUGGAGAACCUGCAUGGGGAGCAGAAGAUCGAAGCGGAGACGCGGGCUGUGUGAUCUGUGCGGGCUGGGGCAGGGAAGGUAUGGCUGGCACAGAGACGUCCGUGUGGGAUGGAAGGCUGGGGAACCCCGAGGAGUCAAACCUGUCCCGUUGGCUGGUACUGGAAGGCGAGUGCAGCUCCCACCACCACGUCUCGGGGAGGCAGGUUCCCUCCACCGGCCUCUCACGUGGCUUUGGCUGUAGGGGGAUGCUGGGCACAACAGGGAGAAAAGCAGCUUCUCUCUCAUUCACCUCUGGGUGAAGCUGUGGGGCAAGACUGCAGCUGAGCAUCACAAGGAUGCGCUCUGACCCGAGCCCUCUCCCUGCUGUUUGCUGACCAGGACCCAGCACUCCCACCUUGCCCCAGUGAGCCGAGCCUCUGCUCCUUUGCAGGUCUUGCUUUUGGCACUCUUCUGUUUGACUCACGUGUACAGAGAUAACAAAGCAUUACUUAGUUUCCAGCGGGCAGUGUUGCAGCUCGAGAAAGCUGGCAGUGGAAGCUGAGCGGGCCCCAGGGUCUCGCAGCAGCUCUGUGCUGGGGGUGCACACAUGGUUGUCACAACUUCGGGGUCUGCUCUCUAUUUAAUUAUUGCAAAUUCAGUUGCAAUCAACUAAGAAACACUGAGAGAGGCCCCUUCUC